AUGCUUUUCGGUUGUUGUAAUUGCAGGGAAGAGAUCCCAGCUCCACCUUCAGGAGGUGACGCUCAUGCUAACCUCAUGGCGGCGAUUCGCCAGGCAGGAGGUGCGGGCAGAGCCAAGCUGAAAGCUGCAGAUAAUAUAUCAGAAAAGGGGGCAACCAGUAGUAUCUCGAAGCCAGGUGGGGACCUAAUGGCCGAUCUCCACGCCAAGUUAUCGAUGCGUCGCCGCGGGAUAUCUGGUGCCGAAAGAGCGUCAGGUGGCACAGUUCUUCAUACUCUUGCCAGCAUCAUCCCCGAACCAGAGGAACAGUCUGAUCCACAACAGUCUUCGAGUGAUGAGGAUUGGAAGUGA